AUGAAGAAAUAUUUUGCAAGAGCCUCAAGUGCAUCCUUUGACCGAACAAGGCAGCAAUUUGAGGAUUAUUCUGAAGGGGCGACUUCAAAUUUCUUUGCUGGUAAUAAAGAAACCAAUGAAGACUGUGAUAGUGGUAUAAUGGUAAAUGAUUCAAGUUCUGUCCUGGCAUGUUCUGUAGUUGAAAAUGAUAAUACAAGGCAAGAAGAACCUUCUAAACUGGAACUAAUACGUCCUACAAGAUGUGCAUCUUUAGACCGCAAACGCAUUUUGCGAUCCCAGGACUUCCAUCCUAACCAAUCCAGACAACGUAAACUAUCAUCAGAUGUAUCUGCUAGUUCUAAUAUCCACCAAGACAUUAUAUAUUGCCAGGAUGUGCCAAUACACAAAACCAGCAUAGUUAUUGGUACAGAAACUUCUGCAAAAGAUAAUUUAACCAUGAAAAUCCAUGUACCACCACCUCCUAAAGAAAAAUUGAAACGAAAGGCUAGUGAAUUCCGUUUGGUGAGACUUGUAAAAAAGUUAGAUGACGAGGAUUUGGGGAUUGUUAUCAAACAAGAUGAUUUUUGCAUCAUUGAACAAAUUGUUGAUGGCGGUUUGGCUGAUAGGGAAGGCACUUUACGUCCUGGCGACGAAAUCGUGAACAUCGGCAACCAACGUUUAGCAAAACUGCCUUUGGCACAAGUCCAAGCAAUUUUAGCACAAACUGGUAAAAUAGUUGACUUAGUUAUCAGAAGACGUGUAGUCGAUGUAGUUGACUUAAAACUACCCACACCAAAGGAUAUAGACUACAAAUCCUUAGCAACAUCAUGUCUGGACAUCACAAAACCACCUGAACUCACCCAAACCCAAACAGAACUUUUACCCCAAGAUCAAAAUAUUAUUACCAAACGUCGUCAAUCGAUAGACCAAAAUUUUUCCUCGAUGAAUUUCUGUACUUUACCCCGAAGGCCAAAAUCGAGUGCCUGCACUUUUCAUACAGUCCUUUUUGAAAAGGGUCAAGGGAAAAAAAGUUUAGGGUUCACAGUUGUUGGUGGUAGAGAUUCUCCAAAGGGCAACAUGGGUAUUUUUAUCAAGAGUAUUUUGGAGAGUGGACAGGCUGCCGAUGAUGGUCGAUUGAAGGCUGGUGAUGAAAUUUUGGCGGUCAAUGGUAAUGUUUUUGAUAAUUUGUCGCAUUCGGAGGCUGUUGCUGUUUUUAAGGGCAUUAAGAGCGGACCUGUUGCCCUGCAUGUUUGUAGACGAGGCCUCAAAGGGGUAAAGGGGUAAAGGACAAGGGGUAAAAAACAACUAUUUGUUUGAUAAUGCUGAGAAGUUUUGCAAAAACCAAUUAUAAGUUUUUGGAUCAAUAUUGUAAAGGACACGCGCCGAUUUUUUUCUACGAAGUCGAUGAUUUAUGAUGAUUUACUGGUGGAUCAAUAUUCAAAGGAAGUUUGAUGGAAAAGAAUUUUAUAUUAAGAUGUUGACCAAUUAAAGACAUUUACUGUAAAAAUAAUUGUCCUGGUUGCCUGGUAUCCUGAAAUUUUUGUAUAAUGAUGACCAAAUUAGAUUUACGUUGACCAAAAAGUUUUUGCAACAUUUUUGAAAUACCAAGGAGUGAAAUUAUGAAUUGAAUUGAUAAUUGAUACACUUUAUAUUAAUCCAGAUGAAUUGGCUCAUAUUUAGAAGAUUCUGGAAGUUUAUUUAUAUUUUUU